UUCCUCGAUGCAAUUGUUUCUCUCUUGUCUUGUUCCUCCUCCAGUGAAGAACAAGGCCCAUGACUCAACUUGUCGAAAGCAACUUUCAAAGUUACGUCCAUGUCCAAACAAGUAUCACUUAGUUAUGAACCAUGUACAAGGAGGAACCCACAAAAGAAAAGUUGCUUUGGUUUCGUUGGGCUGUCCGAAAAACACAGUUGAUGCAGAAGUGUUAUUAGGAAACUUGAAAAGGAAAGGCUUCCAAAUUGUUGAGAAAAUGGAAAAAGCAGACGCUGUGAUUAUCAAUACUUGUGGUUUCAUAGAGGAUGCUAAGAGAGAGUCUUUGAGUUUUAUUUUCCAGGCGUUGGAUUGGAAAAAGAAACACCUGAAAGGAGUUAUUGUAACAGGCUGUUUGGCACAACGAUACGCUGAAGAAUUGGCUGCACAAAUACCACAAGUUGACGCAGUCGUAGGGUUUGAAAGUUAUGCUAAUGUAGCUCAAACGUUGAACCAAAUAUUCUCCCAACAAGAAGCUAGUCGUGUUCAAGUGGGAAAAGCUACCGUUCCUUUUCAGACAGAAUACAUUCGUCACCCAUUAACACCCAAACAUAGUGCCUAUUUAAGGGUAGCAGAAGGUUGCAAUCAUGAAUGCUCUUUUUGUAGUAUUCCGAGUUUUCGAGGAAGAUUUCGCUCAAAACCUUUUCAAAGUGUCAUAGAGGAAGCAAAGAUGUUGGUUGAAGGAGGGGUUUGUGAACUCAAUAUCAUUGCUGAAGAUACCAAUCAGUACGGUAUGGACUUUGGUAAUCAAGACCAAAGGAGAUUGGCUGAUCUUUUAUAUGAAUUGGCCAACCUAUCUUCAUUGAAAUGGAUUCGUCUGUUGUAUUGUUAUCCUUCUUAUUUUUCACCAGCUCUCAUACGAGCUAUAGCAGAAAUUCCUCAAGUAGUGAAGUAUAUCGAUAUUCCUCUGCAACAUGCAUCCGAUGGAAUUCUAACAAGAAUGAAUAGACCCAACAGUCAAUAUACUCGUCAACUUUUAUAUCAAUUGAAGCAGAAUAUUCCAGAAUUAUGUUUAAGAAGUACUUUUAUUUGUGGGUUUCCAGGAGAAACGGAAAAAGAUCAUCAGGAACUGGUUAGGUUUAUUAAGGAGUUGGGAUUUUCUCGAGCUGGAUUCUUUACUUAUAGUUUGGAAGAAAAUACUAGUGCUUAUUCCAUGGAUGGUCAUGUUCCUGAUGAAGUAAAGCAAGCCAGAAAGGAUGAGUUGGUUUCCUUACAGCAGUCCAUUCAGGAAUCAUUUGCUAUGAAAUGGGUUGGAAAGAAGAUAAAUGUGCUCAUCGACAAAGUGGAACAGGGAUAUUCUAAAGGACGAGCUUAUUUUGAUGCACCUGAGAUUGAUGGAGUUGUUUAUGUUUUACAGCAACUAUCACCUGGAAGAAUAUAUUCAAUAGAAAUAUUAGGAACGAAUGGUUGGGAUUUAUAUGGACACAAGUAAGUACCAUAGUCUGUCAACAAUAAAUGGUAACAAGUUAAC